AUACCAUUAAAUUAUUACUAUUUAGUAAUGCAUAUGGGUUUGUAAAUAUCUUUUCACUUUAAACCCUGAUUUAGCAUUAAGAGCCGCCUGUUCUCGUGCAGAAAAAAAGUGAGAGACACCCAACUUUUUUUGGUGUUCGUCUGUCCGUCUUAUAAAAUAACUAGAUCCUAUGCAAUAUUCAGCAAUGCGUUUAAUUUAUAUUGGUUUAGUGUUCUCAAUACCUACCAUAUGAAAUAUUGGGAUCCAACGUUUUGUGGAUUGCUCACGCUAUAUUAGCUUCGAUAAUGGCAGAAGCAUUUUAAUUGGUUUAAGGUUUAUUUGGUCUCCAACUCUUCUUUGAGCCUAGCUUUUUUAUCAACCACUUUUUGACAAUGAACAAAAGGAACUAUAAAAAAAAUGAAAAAUUCAUAUUAAGUUGAUGUUUUUAACGAUCAAAGUUAGCUGACCAUUAAGAAACCUGAUUGUCGCCAAAUUGCAAGUAGCCAAUGCCCUAAAGCAUAUCAUAUAGAGCUAGUGGAGUUCGACAUAGAAUGCGACAAACGGCUCUUUCAGGCAUUCUGUGGUCUCCCACUAUCCUCUGUUUCUUCCCUAAAAUUUUCCAUUAUUCUUUUGUCUCUUCUGUAGCUUCUUUGUCACUUCCGGAUUAAAUUUGCACUGAAAGGCAUCAGUUACAUUUAUAAACCAUCCACGCUGACAAGACUUUAAUAUUCUUGCAGUGGGAAAGUACCGGGAAUUCUGUUAUAAUGAACCCAACAGAUUGGAUGUGAUUCUGUCUCUUUCACAUUUUACUUUAGCCUUUAGCUUCCAAAGCUGUCAAGUUAUGGGACGAAAUCUUUGUUAAAAGAAAGUGAUAAAGAAGCUUGAAGGGACUGCUCUGUUCAUUGACCAUGGCUUUUUGCUUCCCCGUAAAUGAUUAACUUUGCCAUUUCCCAUUUGAUCUUUGGGAUUUUCCGGCUAUAUGGGUCCCAAAGGAACCAAGAAUUAGCUCAGCCACUUCCUUUUUUUUUUUCCUAGGAGCAGCUAGUGAUGUAAUGACUGGUGAGGGCCUGGUUUAUUUUGCCCAUGAUACCAAAUACUAAAAAAAGAAAAAAGAAAAAACCUUUGCUUUCAGUGAAUGAAUAGUUGGACCAGUCACGAGUAAACAUCUGAUGUGGAGUAGUAAUAAGAAUGCUGAUAAUGGUCGCAUUUCUUUCCUCUUUUCUUUAUGCUUUUAUGGAUUUGUAUUAUCAGCGGUUUGAUCGAGGAAGCUCUAAAGAAGAAUCCCACCGACGAUAUAUUGUCUUUCCCUCCAGAACUUUCCCUCCCUUUAAUACUCCUCCAUUUUACAGUUACAAGGAGGAGGAGCAAAGACAAAAGACGAAGUCGUACUACUUUGGUUUUUUAGAUUGUUGUAUGUCAAGAAGAUGGGGAACUGCCUGUUUGGAGGCUUUGGAGAAGGUGAUGGAGUGAUCAAAGUAAUAACUUCAAGCGGUGGAGUCAUGGAGUUUUCUGCUCCACUAACGGCAGGAAGCAUCACAGAUGAAUUCCCUGGGCACGCUAUUUUUCGUAGCCAUGAUCUCUUUUGGAAGCCACUUUUUCACCAUGAAGAACUCCUUCCUGGAAAAUCAUACUAUCUACUUCCACUUAACAGCAAAGAUACUUCUGGUAAUAGCGGCCAGAUUGUCCGAGAAGGUCAUGUGAGGUCGAACAGCAACCCGGCUUCACUUUUUGCUCCUUACAGGAUGUCCUGUGAUUAUCAGGGAACUCUGAAGAGGUCUCAUACUGAUGUGUUCUCCAGAUACAACAACCCUGGAUUUUGGAAAGUGAAGCUAGUGAUCAGCCCGGAACUGCUGUUGGAAAUUUUGUCACAAGAAGCUCGUACCCAGGAAUUGAUCGAGAGUGUUAGGACUGUCGCCAAGUGCGGAAAUGGGGUCUCAACAUCUGUUGGAUUCUCAGAUCAAUGGAGUCUGUCAAGCAGUAGGAACGCUUCCUCAAACAAAGAUGGCUUGUUGUUAGACAUAUAAAAUUACAGCUUCUUACCAUUUUUCCCCAUUUUAAUUUUCCUUUUUUUUUUCAUUAGACCAUGUAAACAAUUAAAAUACUAGUAUGAGCAUGUCAUUUCGUAUAUUUAUUUGAGCUUUUCCUU